AUGUCGUUGACAUGGCGGCCUCUGCCGCUGCCUUCGUCCCCCGGCCUACCCGUCCUCUUGGUUUCUGCCCAAGUCGGCGUCGCCUCCUACACUGUCCGCAUAACCGACAUGGCCAACAUGUGGGUGGAAAGCCUGGAACGAAAGGCCAUCUGCAUGCGCGCCUGGUCUGAAAAUACAACAAUCGACCCGAGUGACACUCCCGAAAACAUGGCCAAGUUUCUCGCCAGCCUCACAUCGGCCUUGGAUCCCCGCCAGCCCGGCCACGGCGAUACUAGCCUCGGCCUGGUCCCCACUGCAACCGACGACGCAGGAGACGACGGGCUCACGUUACGCGUGACAUGUGCUCUGCCCGGAUUUGCUCCCUUGAAGUGGCCCCUUCACCUCGGAAAGUGCCCCCCAUCAGCUGUUGCCACACAGCUCGUGCUACCUCUUAUUGAAGCACACUACGCCAGGAAGCGGGAAGUGGAGUCGCUGCUUCAGGCUCUCGGCCAAAAGGACUCCGUGCUCACUAAGCUGUCAGACAAGCUGGAGGCGAUGGGAAUUGGCCUGGAACAUGUGUUCACGGCGCUUUCGGGAAAGAAAAUGGUUACCAGAUUAGCUGCCGACGACAAGGUCAGGGGACUUGCCCCUUUUGACCGCCGCCGCUGGGAGGCAGACAUGUCCCACGAUAUGGACGGCCCAGGCAACACCGGCGAUCUCGUGCAAAGCGUCCUCGGGAACUCGAGCCUUCGCUACGGAAACUUGAUAGAGAUGGACGCGUCUCCCGUCUUGGACCGAUGGUGGCAUGACUUUAGAGACACGUCGCAAGUCGCAUCCUGCAAGAAGGCCCGACCAGCAACGCCCUCAAGCCAGACCAGGUCACCAAGGUCAGGUCCCAGGACGACGGAGGAUGAUGACGACUUCCAAGUUCAAGCCACGCCGCCUCGCCUCGAGUCACAGGCUGGGAAGCACAAGGCAGCAGGCGAUGCGGCGCCUGCCCAGCAGGCCUCGUCAACGACGGAUGAAGACGGAGACGAAUCUUUGAUUCCCUAUAGCAACCCACCACCAACUGUCCCUACAUUGGCGCGGCAAUCUGAGCCCCGCAAAGCGGCCUCCUCAAUACUCGGUUCGAUGGGCGGGAAGAAGCCAUCAGCGGCGCCUCGGCCUCCCGGGUCAGAAACGGAGCAGAGAGCCGAGCAGCCUGUUGACGACUCGGAGACAGCCUCCGAGGCUUCCGACGACGACGAUGCUACGGCCUCAGCCCCGGGUUCUCCCCCUCCUCCGGCCGCAAUGUCGACAACGAGUGGCGUCAGGAAGGGAGGCUUGGGGUUGAUAGGCGGAGGAGCGCUGAGGAAAAAUAACAUAGAAAACGAGAAGUGCCGCGAGGCCGAGGUCGGGGUCGAAGACGGGGUGCCAGCUCGCAACAAACUUGGUGUGAUUGGAAACAAGACUGGGCGAGGACCGCCGUCGUCAACACCAGCUCAAGAGGAGAGUGAACGCGGCCGAACACCUGCCCGUGUCGAGAAGGAAGAUCCGGCGGGAACCAUACCCCGAGAAACGUCACAAGAAAGGGCGGAUCGCAGGCGAGAGGAUCUCAAGCGAGAUCUAGAGAAGAGGGCUGCUGCUAGUCCCGCGAGGAAGAAGCGACGGUUCUAG